UCCGGGAGUCAACCCGGUACACCGCGUUAGCCGCCUGCUUCUGAACCGCCACCAAGAUUCGAUCCGAUUGUAGCUUGACGUUAUACGCUUCCGUCUGGUACGCCUUCGCUUCGGGAGUGCCAAGCCUCGCCGCGGCCCGCGCCGCGCUGGUAGCUUCGGCCAGGGCCUCCGCGGCGAUCUUCGUCUGCUCGUCCCUAAUCAGAUUCGUCGUAUCGAGACGAUUCUGCGCCUCGAUAAUAUCCUUCGCGGCCUCCGCCUCAUCGAAUAGGGCCUCCUGGGCUUGCGAGUCGAGAUCGUCGUAAUAUUCGCGCUCCUCCUUCGUCGUCUGCUUCGCGUCGAUCGCCGCCUGUCGCGCGACCUCCUGCAUUUGCUUCGCCUGCUCCAGCGCCGCCCUCUUCCCGUUCAGAUCCGCCAUGGCAGCGUCCGCCUCCGCGUCCGCGUCCGCCGAUUUCUUCGCCGCGGCUUGCUCGUCCGCCAGUCGCGUGUCCAGGACCCCCUGCGCUUUGUCCAAGUCAGCCUUCGCCUGAUUGGCCUGCGCACGGAGCGUCUUGGCCUUAGAAGUGAGGUAAGCGACCUGUGCGGCGUUCAGGUUCUGCGCGCUGGCGACGAUUCUAGGGUUUGAAAUGGAAGCUGUAGCAGCGAGAGCGAGGAGGAGAAGAAGGGCGGGCUUGAUAAGAGGACGACGGGCGGCCAUGGCGGCAAUGCGGUUGUUCCGCGUCGUGUGGUGAAAACCUGAACUAUUGUUUUCACAACUCGAAAAAAUGAUGGUAGUAGUGAUUCUGCAACUCGGAAACUGGUCUGGCAGACUGCACGUGCGAGUUGCGCCGUCACUUGAACUGCCGCUGGCAGUGCUCGUCUUUCAGGCGCUAGAACUUCGGUUAUGUGACAGCAACGGGAAGGUGGAGUGCGCUUGACGGCUUUCCGAAGUCUACGAAAUAGAAUGGUUCACAAGCUCUAUGGAGCUCGGAGUUCGCGUGACACGGUACUAUUGAGAAGGCUAAGCUUGGAUGUCUGCUAUGAAGGGUGGUCCCUGAUCUUAUAUGUCUUUGAGCGACCUUCUACCUCAGAAACAACCGAGACGAUGAGUAUAACAGGGCGCGGACGCGGGUGUACUGUAUCGGAUUGUCAUUGGUCGGUACUGUUCGAAGGCCCGAGGAAAAGGCCAUGGGAAGCCAAGUGAGAGUGAGCCAGAGCU